AUGCUUCGACUGCCUGCUCUCCGCAAGACCUUGGCGGGGGUUGCCCAGUCCUCCAGAGUGUGUGGGCGUACAACCGCUACAGCAGCCAGCAAUCAAAUAGAGGUGUUUGUGGAUGGUCAUCCUGUAUUGGUGAACCCAGGAACCACAGUACUUCAGGCCUGUGAAAAGGCUGGAAUUCAGAUACCUCGUUUUUGUUACCAUGAUCGUCUCUCUGUUGCUGGAAACUGUAGGAUGUGUCUUGUAGAAAUAGAGAAAGCUCCAAAGCCAGUUGCUGCUUGUGCCAUGCCAGUUAUGAAGGGCUGGAACAUACUGACAAACUCUGAGAAGUCCAGGAAAGCAAGAGAGGGUGUAAUGGAGUUCCUGCUGGCAAAUCACCCAUUGGACUGUCCUAUCUGUGAUCAAGGUGGAGAAUGUGAUCUACAGGAUCAAUCAAUGAUGUUUGGCAGUGAUAGGAGCAGAUUUAGAGAGGGGAAACGUGCUGUGGAGGACAAGAACAUUGGCCCAUUAGUCAAAACAAUCAUGACUCGGUGUAUACAGUGCACUCGAUGUAUCAGGUUUGCUAGUGAGGUUGCAGGGGUAGAUGACUUGGGAACAACCGGAAGAGGAAAUGAUAUGCAAGUUGGUACUUACGUUGAAAAAAUGUUCAUGUCUGAGUUAUCAGGAAAUAUUAUUGAUAUCUGCCCAGUUGGUGCUCUUACCUCCAAGCCAUAUGCCUUUACUGCACGCCCAUGGGAGACAAGGAAGGUAGAGUCAAUUGAUGUUCUUGAUGCAGUUGGAAGUAACAUUGUAGUGAGCACAAGGACUGGAGAAGUGAUGAGAAUUUUGCCAAGACUGCAUGAAGAUAUCAACGAGGAAUGGAUAUCUGACAAAACAAGGUUUGCUUAUGAUGGUCUGAAGCGCCAGAGACUUACUCAGCCAAUGAUCAAAAAUGAGAAAGGACUGUUUGUUUAUGUCUCAUGGGAGGAUGCUUUAACUCAUGUUGCUGGUGUGCUACAGGCUGUCAAAGGUAACGAAGUAGCAGCAAUUGUAGGAGGACUGGUGGAUGCAGAAGCGCUAAUAGCUCUGAAGGACUUACUGAAUAGAGUGAAUAGCGAUAUGCUCUGCACUGAAGAGGUCUUCCCUACUGCCGGAGCUGGCACAGAUUUACGCUCCAACUACCUGCUUAAUACCAAGAUUGCUGGAGUGGAGGAGGCAGAUGUCCUGCUUCUGGUUGGCACCAAUCCACGCUUUGAGGCACCACUUUUUAAUGCUAGAAUUCGAAAGAGCUGGCUUCACAAUGACUUGCAAGUGGCCCUUGUUGGCUCUCCUGUGAAUUUGACCUACACAUAUAAUCAUCUAGGAGAGACCCCACAGAUACUCCAGGACAUUGCUUCUGGAAAACAUGCAUUCUCCAAGGUCCUCGACCAGGCCAAGAAGCCGAUGGUGGUGGUAGGUAGUGCAGCACUGCAGCGCAGCGAUGGAGCAGCUAUCCAUGCUGCUGUUUCCACCAUUGCACAGAAUGCCAGGACUAAGAGCGGUGUUGGUUCAGAUUGGAAAGUCAUGAACAUUCUCCACAGGGUUGCAAGCCAGGUAGCUGCUUUGGAUCUGGGUUUCAAACCAGGAGUGGAGGCAAUUAGGAAAAAUCCUCCCAAAGCAUUGUACCUCUUGGGAGCAGAUUCAGGUUGUAUAACACGUCAGGAUUUGCCAAAGGACUGUUUUAUCAUCUAUCAAGGACAUCACGGGGAUGUGGGAGCUCCAAUGGCUGACAUUAUUCUGCCAGGAGCAGCAUAUACAGAGAAGGCAGCCACAUACGUGAAUACUGAGGGUAGGGCCCAGCAGACAAGAGUGGCAGUAACACCUCCCGGGAUGGCACGGGAAGACUGGAAAAUUAUUAGAGCUGUCUCUGAGUUGGCUGGUAUGACCUUGCCUUAUGAGAACCUUGAUCAAAUACGGAAGCGCUUAGAAGAAGUAUCUCCUAAUCUGGUUCGAUAUGAUGAUGUGGAAGAGGCUAACUACUUCAAGCAGGCAAAUGAAUUGUCACAGUUAGUGAAGCAACAGCUGCUUGCUGAUCCUCUUGUUCCACCUCAACUCACAAUAAAAGACUUUUAUAUGACAGAUUCUAUCAGUAGAGCAUCCCAGACAAUGGCCAAGUGUGUGAAAGCUGUUGUUGAAGGUGCUCAUGCAGUAGAAGAGCCAGCCAGCUGCUAGAGACUAAUCAGACUGCUUACCACCUCCAUCCAAGUAUUUGUUGCAGUUAACUGCUGUGACUCUUUUUUUUUUUUUUUUUUUUCAAAUCUAUUUGCUAGGUUGUAUUCUUCUUCAUUCACAUUUUCAUCAGUUCAAAUAGUCCCAUAAUACUAUAGGAUGAUGUUGUGUCUGAGAGAACAUGAAGCACUCAACUCAUUGUACCCAGAGGGAGAGUACAUGAUGAUUGUAUACAAAUAAAUUAUAGUACCAAAAAAUCCAUUACCUAUGU